CUGAAAGGAACUUCAAAAUAUUUGUCCCAAGGUGAAGCUAUAAAUUUAAGAAAGAUCUACGUUAGGAGAAUUCGAACGUUUGGUGGGCAAGUGGUAGCGGUCGACAAUCAUCAAGCGAUCAAAGAUGUUGCUGAAGAUGAUGAUCAUGCUUAUCGUGCAAGUAGCCUUUGUUGCUGUAAACGGUAUGAUGAUGCACAUGGGCAGCACUAAUGGAAGCACGUCUGGAGGCAUGAUGGGCAUGAUGGGCAUGAUGGGGCAUAUGGGAGGCAUGGGUGGAAGUACGACCAACAAUACAUCAAGUGGCACCAUGAUGGGCAUGAUGGGGCAUAUGGGAGGCAUGAGCGGAAGUACGACCAAUGAUACAUCAAGUGGCACCAUGAGUGGAGGCUCAAUGGAUACCAUGAUGGGCAUGAUGGGCAUGAUGGGGCAUAUGAGUGGAGGCAGCAUGGGUGGCAGCAUGACCACGGAAACAAGCAUGAGCACAAGCAUGAAUGAAAGCAUGACGACCGAUUCCACCUCUACCAUGAAUGACAUCGUCGUUGGGUGAAUCUUUCACUCGCAAAUUGUAGUAGAAAAACAAUUACGACCUGAAAUCGCAUAUUACACCAAAUUCUUGGCCAGCAUAGUAAUGUGAUUUUUGUAUUGUAAUAAAAUGUGGAACUGUAUAGAAAAACAACAGUUAUAAUUUUACACAUGCGAUGCACUUUUACUAAUUAUAACAU